GCAGGUGAGGGUGAGCCUCCGGGUCCGGGCAGGGGGAUCAUACAUACAUACAUACAUACAUACAUACUGGAGUGAGUACUGUCUACUAGUAGUAUUAGAACCAUAAUAAUACUGCCUUCCAUAGUUUCCAUUCCAUAUGAGCUGUCGAGAUGUGCAUCUAAUUUCGCUCGCUGGAAUGGGUGAGGUGAUACGUCUCAUCAUCAUCGACCAGUGGGCAUCAAUUACCUAACGAACUGACGCUACAACACUCUCAAUCGGCAUAUAAUUAGUAGUAGGAGUUGCUAUUUAUUAGUUAGCGAAUAAAUCACGCCUUGUAAUUCUAAUUCUAAUAAUUCUAAUUAGGGAGGGAGUCGCCUAGAAUAGAUCACAAGAGCUCCGCCGUCGAUUGAUGCGUCCAUCCCAAAAUUAGCUGCUGCGCCUUCAUAUAUAAACGACGAAUGAAUUGAUUGAUUGAUUGAUUGGUGCUCUCUUUUAUCGAUCUGGAAACUGGAAUAUAUUAUAUAUAUAGAGAGAGAGAGAGAGGGGCAAACAAGAAGAAAAGAAGAAGAAGAUGGUGGUGAUGGUGAGGCAGCGGCAGCAAAGGCAGCCGGUGAUGGUGGUGGUGAUGGUGUGCUGGGCGCUGCUGGCGACGGCGGCGCGCGGAAACUGCCGCGACGAGUGCCUCGCCGGGUGCCAAGGUUGGGCCAUCAUCUGCCACCUCUCCUGCAACAGCGCCUGCCUCGGCGAAGUCGGCAUCUCCGCCAUGAGCACCGCCACACCACAGUCCAUCACGGAUCAGGAUCAGCAGCAUCCAUCACAGCAGCAGCAACAAGCACAACAAUCGGUCUCCGUGCUCAAGGGUCUCGACCCUGACAAAAUCUGAAACGAAUUGUUUUCUUGCUACCAUUCAUUUUCAAAUCCCAUAUACAUACACUGCACUACACACACACACACAUGGAAUAAUUCAUGUUUUCUCUUCAAAUUCCAUUGCUCUUUCUAUUAAUUAUUAAUUUACACAGCACGUUCCACAUAGAUUAGUAUUGUCAACAUUUUUGCCCCAACCAUGUACACCUCACCCCUAAAGUAAAAAAAGUCAUUCAUUUGUCUAAACUAGUAUAAUAACAAAUUACGGGCUACCUUCUGUAACGAAGCCAACGAAUCAAAAAUAAACAACACAAACUCUAUACGUACGCACGUCUGGGAAGCUAUGCAAGUUAAGAUUCUGGCAGCCGUCGCGCUGAGGCCCCUUCUCCUCUUCAUCUCCAAUCCUUCUUCAUUUCCACAGUUUCACGGAUCUGUCAUGGCUCGCAGAAGCUAUCAUCCCAGUGAACUGAGA